AUGGCAACCAUAGGCACAUUUAUAACGUUCUUAUUGUUUGGAAGUAUGAUCUUAGGGCAAUCUACCAAGGAUUUGGUUGGAACAUGGUCAUCGAAAUCCAACACAGUUUUCACAGGUCCAGGAUUUUAUGACCCAGUUGAUGAAUUGUUGAUAGAGCCGGAUUUACCAGGAAUUUCGUAUUCUUUUACAGAAGAUGGACAUUAUGAAGAAGCGUUAUACAGGAUUACUUCUGACGCUAAAAAUCAUUCAUGCGCAGUAGCCACUUUGUCAUUUCAACAUGGUACUUACGAACUUAAAAGCAAUGGUUCAAUAAUAUUGACGCCAAUAGCCGUUGAUGGGAGACAACUUUUAAGUGAACCUUGUGGUGAUUACGAAACAUCCUCGCAAUAUUCUAGGUAUGAACAAGCUACUUGGUUCAAGAGCUUUCUUGUCUAUGUGAAUUCUUAUCAUGGUAGAUACACCUUACAAUUAUUCCAAUUUGAUGGCUCUAAAAUGCAGCCCUUAUACUUGGCAUAUAGGCCCCCAUUGAUGUUACCCACCAGCGCCCUUAAUCCAACCGAUAAGGAGUCUGAAACCAAAUCGACUUUGAGCGAAAAGGUCAAGAGGUCUCUAGAGAACCAAUACAGAACUACUGCAAGAAAAGAUUUCUCAAAUGAAAAUUACGACUUUUAUUGGUGGAUUGGUGUAUCUAUGCUUGCAGUAGGCUCUGGUGCUAUCUUCUUGCGCUGA